AUGAUAAAUGAAUUUAUUAACUAUGAAAUUGAUAGACAUCCAGAAAUUGAUUAUUCAAUUGACCCAAAAACACUUGCAAAACAAUUGCAUAGGUGGAAUCACAAAAGCUCUUCGAGGACCCUUAUGUCACUAUGUGGCUUAAUAAUUAAACAUCAAAUAGUAUUGGGAUUUUUAAAGUACUUGAAUGAGAAAUAUCAAGAAGCCACUCAUAUCUUUAAAUGGAUCAUAAAUUUUUUCGCAGCCUUGGAUAAAAAAUUCAAAUUCUUCACAAAUAAAAAUGAAUAUUUAUCUUCAGUUACUAAACGUGUGGUUAGUAUACUUUUCUGCCAAUGCUACAAUUUAGGCAAAUUGGAGUGCAGCGAACAGGAGUUAGGCUGCAUAUUAUCUAGAUUGGUUGCAAUUGAUGACAUCAAUAUUACAACAGAAUACCUGAGUGGCAGACUAAGUGCUUACUUCAUUUCCUGUGGCUUUAUAUAUGAAAGGUUAUCAAAAAUAGAGAGUACUAAUAUAAAGGUGGAAAAUAAGGAGCAAGUAGUAAUGACUACCUGUUCCCGAUAUUCUAAAUUAUACUUAGGUGAACUGAUGAGAAAAUAUUUAAUUGCUGCAACUUUGAAGGCACACGAUGAUCCCAGUUCUAUAAUUCUAUAUGACAGAUUCAUAUGGGGAAUGUUAUUAUAUGGAGGUAUUCAUCUAAAAACAUUCUGGUUCUUUAUACAAUUGAGAAAUUACUUCGUAAUAGAGCAUGAUUAUGGCCCAUUGAAUCUAUCAGAGAACGAAAAAUACAAAUUUUUUGCAACGGAUAAUUUAAUACAAAAUUAUACCAAUGGCUGGGAAAUAGUAUAUAAAAUACAUGCGUUGUGGGAUUCAUUGAAUGAGGAAGAAAAGGAGAAUGUUUGGGACAUAAAUAAUGGAAACACAUUUUUAAUCCCUCAGAUUUUUGAUGAUCUUAAUAAAUUAAUCCUCGUUGAUCUGUUCUAUGAUGAGAAUUCUUCUUACAAUGGCAAACGGUUUAUCUUUAUCUCUGAAUAUCAAAUCAAACAUAAACUCAAGGGUCAUAUAAAACUACCUGGAAAUAUAAUUCAGGAACACCUUGAAUUUAGUAAAGAUUUAAUUUAUUUAUGGAGUGAUUCUUUCAUCAGAUAUCAUGGGAGCAUGCCCGAUUUCAUUUUGAAAUUAGUUCAAAAUUUCGAAUGA